UUUCUUACACGCGCUCUUUUACAGUAGAUUAGCAAGUAACACGAACAACUGUCUGCACAACACCAUGAACGUUCUCCGCGCUCGUUGCACAGUUGCGCCGCCCAGUCUGCCACAGUGCCGUCUGGCUCCACCCUUAAGGCCGCAGCUAUCAGUCAGGAAGUCCGCUCCCGUUGACGCGGGGUCGGUGCUCAAAGUCCACAAGGAGCUGAUACUGAGCGGCACGAGCCCAGACACUGCCGACGGCAUCCUAAAAAACUUUGUUCGCUGCUCCAACCUCGCAACAAAAUCAGAUAUCGAAAAGCUGGAUACGAAGCUGAACUGGAGCCUUGUUAUCAGCGUGGUCAUCCUGCUGGCGAGAACAGCGCCAUGAAACAUCGUCUGGAUGAUUAGCAAAAGGGUGUUACGGGCUGAUGGUGGUCCGCUCGUCAUGUACUUGUGGCGACGCGGCUGAGAGUUUACCGUAACUGGCUUGGCCAUGUUAACCUGAUGGCCGAUACGGGUUGGUUGGUUUGUGUUCGACAGCGACCAGCGCGGCCAUGCGUUCAAGCUGCGUGCAGGGUAGCAGGUCUACCUAAAGGUUCUAGGGGGUGUGAGGGCAGAUACGCGGCCAUUUAACGGUAUUUUGGCGUACAGGAUUGUGCUGGGGGUGUGCUGCGGUGUGCUGCUUGCCCCUGCCGCGUGCCCCUCCUGCGAUGCUGCGUGCCCCCAGCACAAUCCUGUAUAGCACUCUAGGUAAAACGUUAAUGGCCGCGUAUCUGCCCUCAAACCCCCUAGAACCUUUAGGUUGACCAACUACCGGGCGCCAUGCUUGUACGGAGCUUGAAGGCAUGGCCGCGCUGGUCGCUGCUGAGCACAAACCAACCAACCCAUAUCGGGUGAAUUGUACAUGAUUCAUGGCUGUACAGGACCAGACGCUUAUGUCUGCCAGAGAGGCAUGCAUUACAGUAGUCUCCUUUCCUGUGUGUACUGAGUGCCUCCUGCCCGGGUAGCCCGGGCACUGGCUGCAUAGCUGUGUAAAGGCUCAGCAAAGGCACCAUGGGGCACCGCUGCUUGCCUCGCUCUGUGUGUGCCCUAGACUUAGAAAUGAAUUUGAUCGAGACAGUAGAGUAUUCACAUUGAUGUUGGGUUGGUCCUGUCUCAGCGCGAGCCCCAAUACACCUGAGUGGUCGUCUGUUCUAGGCGCAAACUCAACACAUUGCUUCGGCGUGUGGGGACGCGGGGUUGGCAAGAGCCACGGAUGGCCGUAAUACCGUGGGGGCAUGUCGCACCGAUGGAGGGCAUUGUAUCCCGGUGUAACAGUUGUUGAGU